CUGUGCUGGACUUUGUGAUCAAGCGUAUAACUAACACAAAAUGGCAGUAUUGAACUCCAGGAUAAAUUCCCAAUGUGGUCAACUCACUUUGAAACGUCAACCAUGCGCUUUGUUUUUUCACCACACUGUGAUCCUACUCCUUCUGACAGAUAUAAGGACAGGUCAGUCUCAGACAGUAACAUCUUCUCAAAAAAUAAUCACAGUAGUUGGUGAGGAUGUCAUCUUACCAUGCUACUUGGACCCUGCGACAGAUGCUGUGUCUAAAAGUCUAGAGUGGGGGAGACCUGACUUGGAUCCCAGAUUUGUCCAUGUGUGGUUUGAGGGUCAAGACCAUCUGGUUAAUCAAAACCCAUCUUACAAAGGAAGGACAUCACUGUCCACUGAGAAACUGAAGCAGGGAGACCUUUCAUUGAAACUCUCUAAAGUAAAACACUCUGAUAAUGGCAGAUAUAGAUGCUUUUUUCCCUCAGAGUCCAAAGAAUCUAUCAUUGAACUUCUUGUUGGUAAGUGGACAUUUUUCAUUACACUGUGAGAUACAGAUGAAUGACAAAUAAUUGUCCCUGUAG